AAGCACGUGCAGCUCAGCUCUGUGCUCCUCGUCAGGAUCAAGAUGGCAGCCUCCGUGUGUCGGUGUUACGAGCUGGUCGGCAGACGUGCCCUGACCUUCUGCUCCCGCUCUCUGGUGUCCUCACGUUGGAAAGAAGAUGUGUACAGGUUACAUCAGAGCCCUGCUGCAGCACUGCAGGUGCGAUAUGCCUCAGGACGGAAAGGUUUUCUGGGGGAGUUUGUGGACAGCCUUCGUCAGGAGUUCAGUAAGAAUCAGGAGAUGAAGGACAACAUAAAGAAGUUCAGAGAAGAAGCCAAGAGGCUCGAAGAGUCUGAUGCUCUGCAACAGGCCCGCAGGAAAUUUAAAACUAUUGAAGCUGAGACAGCGAAGACUUCAGAGGUUUUUAAGAAGACGUUUGGCUCCCUGUCAGAAACUGUCAAAGAAGGUCUCGAGGAGGUGACUCGCACCGACAUCGGGAAGAAGAUCAAGGAAGGUGUGGAGGAGGCAGCCAAGACGGCCAUGCACUCUGCUGAAAGUGUCUCCAAAGGUGGAGAGAAACUGGGCAAGACCUCUGCAUUCAGGGCCAUCUCACAGGGUGUGGAAACCAUGAAGAAGGAGAUAGACGUUGGCGAUGCAGGACCGUACAGAGCUCCCCCUCAGCUCAGAAAAAGAAGUGAUUUUUCCUCUAAAGCAGGAGACAGUGACUCCAGAGUGUUUGAAGCCAACGAGGAGGCUAUGGGUGUGGUUCUCCACAAAGAUUCAAAGUGGUACCAGCAGUGGAAGGACUUCAAGGACACCAAUGUUGUUUUUAAUAGAUUCUUUGAAAUGAAGAUGAAAUAUGAUGAAAGUGACAAUGCUCUUAUUAGAGCAUCCAGAGCUGUAACUGACAGUGUCACUGGUUUCCUAGGUGGUCUGUUCUCCAAGACAGAAAUGUCUGAGGUUCUGACAGAGAUCGUGAAAGCAGACCCCAACUUUGACAAAGACUCGUUUCUGAAACAGUGUGAGAAAGACAUCAUCCCUAACAUUCUGGAGGCCAUGAUCCGUGGGGAGCUGGAUGUACUAAAAGAUUGGUGCUAUGAAGCUACAUACAGUCAGCUGGCUCAUCCCAUCCAACAGGCCAGAGCGCUUGGGCUGCUCUUCCAGUCCAAAAUCCUGGAUAUUGACAACAUAGAUUUGGCGAUGGGUAAGAUAAUGGACCAGGGUCCAGUGCUGAUCAUCACCUUCCAGGCUCAGGUCGUCAUGGUGAUCCGCAGCCCAAAAGGAGAUGUCGUGGAGGGAGAUCCGGAUAAGGUGAUGAGGAUGAUGCAUGUUUGGGCGUUGUGUCGUGACCAAGAGGAGCUGAACCCCAACGCAGCCUGGAGACUCCUGGACAUCUCGGCCUCUAGCACUGAGCAAGUCCUCUAGGAGGAGGAACGCUGGUGAAAAGGUCCACCUGGGACACGUGAACUGAGAGCAAGGGCAGAGAAUACAAGGAUGUGCCUGGACUACCUAGACAUACUGACUCAUAUAUUUGUACAUUUAACACCUGAGGGCAGAAAAUGCUGCCGUGUUGUGUCAGAGACUAUUACUGCACCCAGUGUAUGUAGUUACCCACUGUAAGGUGCAAAAAUAUUCCUGAACGAGGAGAUAAGCUACCGAUAUAAGAUAAAUCAAUAGAAAGUGCACGCUCACAUGCACACAAACACGCCAACAUGUUUGUGUCAGCUCUUGCACGAGUUAGCUCAGUGUUUGAGUCACACACUAUUUAAAAACAAUUCUACAUUCAUAUUUGAGUGGCUGGAACCAUUUCCGUCAUCGGGCUAAAGGAGGAGCCCCAGCGGUUGCGUCAUAUGAUGGUACAAUCCAUUCAUAACAGGCUUUGUUUAAGAUGCUUGUGAAGAAAAGAGGUGAUGCAACAUCCUCACACAUUUGAUGCCAAAACCAGGAGUUACGGUCUGCGGUGCAGAGCCUUGGUUCAACAACUUUCCUGAGGGAGACGGCAUGAAAUACCUCAUUCAUCAACACAAACAUGUCCCAUGCUUCAAGUUAAUGGGGCACUUCACUAAUUUUAUUAAUGUAGACUGGUUUAAUUGUCACAAGGAGUCGACCCAGCUUGGGAAAACAUUUGCAUAAUGGAUGUGGAUCUAAAGGAAGCUUCCUAAAUUUAAUAGAGUUACCUUAGGUUGAGCGUGAGACUUGUGUGUUUAUGUACUUGAGGUAUGACACUUGAAAGGAAAUUGCACCUAGAAGACAGGAAUUGUUAAAUGAAAGAUGCCUUUGAGUUGCGACCAGAGUUUGACCCCAUAAUAUGGAUGAAAUGCUUUCAUUUAAACAUUUCUGUUAACUUCAUGGUCAUACUAAACCACCAUAGCACAAACAACUGGAUGUUUUUCAAACAAUUCCUGGUUUAUGUCUUUCUAAACCGCCUACAAUCACUGAAAAGUAGAACGGUAUAUGAACUAUUAAGAGGCUGAUGAGGGGAAAAUGGUUGACAUCUCCUUUUAUAAAGAUAAAUUAUCUUUUAUUAUAAGAUAAGAUGCUGUGAUGACUGCUGCUGGUUCAAACAAACGCUGGGCAAUAAAGUAUUAUCAAAGUCUGAUGUGACGUUAAGCAAAAGUGUAACCGUUGAAGUCUUUGUUUUCUCCCCUUUCAAUCCAUCUUAAACCAUCCAUUAUUUGUCAUGAUAAUUAUUGAUAUUGUCUAAUUUGGCAUAUUUUAUUGUGGUAAUACUUUUGGCCAUAUUGCCCAGAGCUGGUUUCCUCCAGCGUUUACAUCAGAAAUUAAUACAAAAAAAACCCAAAAACAUUCCAAAAUGAAGAUGAUGUAGGAUGUAAUGAUAGUCUGGGUCAAUCCCAUCACAUGUACUAUAGCUCCAGGCGUCAGUAACUGCGGAAAACACAUCCCUGGUUUGGGUCUGUAUACAUAUUGAAACACUGUUUAUGGUUCUGCUACGAGCAUUAUAUGAAGAAGAAAUGUCCUUUCUCCACAUAUUGACGAGCUCUUGCCAUUUUGUUAGAACUGUUUGUGAAAUCAGAUGAGCCCCUUUGUGAGCUCGGGUUGGGACCACGUUAUUGUUUGUGAAUGAAUUUGCCGUCUUAUGAUGCACAUUUCAGCUGUUUGUCUUACCGGACUGUUUGGUUUAAUGUCGUGUGUGUGACUUUUCAUGAACAUUAGUGAAUAAGAAACUUGACGUCACUGUUGUGUCGACUUUUCUGUGGGUUUCUCCUCUCAGGCCACUGUAGUUUGACCACAUUGUGAUUAAUCAAUGUCUUUUGGUUACGUCCAGAGCUUCAAUGCUUUAAUUACUGAACAUCUUUGAUGGUCACACCAUUGUUGACUCUAAUUCUCGUGGUUGUGUUAUUUCAUGACAUGUGGCAGGUCUGAACAAAUGUAGGCUGUAAACGUUGCAGUAUAGAUAUUUUUAACAAAAAUAUCGAUAAAAUAAAAAUGUUAAAAACCAUUUCACAUUUAAUCACUGAAAUAAAUAAUUUAUUGAUUUUAUGACCUUACAGCUCACCUUCAGUGCCUGAUGGCCCACGUGCAUUUUCCUUGAGAUUUAAACAUUACAUUUAUCAGUCAACAGUCAUACUUUCCUCUUGUUUACCAAAAAGAAAAUAUGUUCACAAACGAUCAAUUUAUGCAUCUGUAAAAUAAAAAGCUCUGUUUUAUGUUUUACUUCA